CACUCGUAGGCAAGAUGGCGGCUCCUGGCCAAGGAAAGGUUCUUUAUGAUCAAGAAGGGGUAUUCAUACAUUCAUCUUGUGGAAAAAUUGAUGAGCAAGACACUUUAAUCCCUGGAAUAUUACGUGUCAUAGAAAAGGAUGAGGACGUUGUAGUAGAUUGGAGACCACUAGAAGAAACAAUGGAUUCCUCUAAUAUUCUUUGUGCUGCAAAGGAUUCAAGCUCAGUUGUAGAGUGGACUACAAAGGAGAGGGGGAUGCAUUUACCAGAUCACCAGAACAGUUAUGAAGCAGAGUGGGAUAUGGUCAACACAGUUUCUUUUAAGAAAAAGCAAUUUGCUAAUGGAGGUGUUCAAAGUCCCCUAAAUAGCCAGAGCAAAUGGUCAUUCCUCUUCAGCUUGGCAGACCUGAAGUCAAUUAAACAGAACAAAGAAGGCAUGGGCUGGUCUUAUUUUGUUUUCUGCUUGAAGGAUGAUGUUGUCCUUCCAGCUCUUCAUUUCCAUCAAGGAGGAAGCGAACUUCUGCUUGAGUGCCUAGGGAAACAUGUCAUGUUUUGUGAAUCUGAACAGGAUGGCAGAAUUCUUUUGGUCAGUUGUCAGAACAAUAGUCUUUCUCAGUCUUUUGAAAAUCUUCUGGAGGAGUCCACAUAUAGUUUAAUUCAAAAAUUAAAGAAAGACCCAUAUACUGCCACCUUGGCUAGCUUUUCCAAAGUUACAAACUAUUUAUUUGACACUAUAAGAGGUUCUGAUCCUGUUACUCAACGCAGGCCACGCGAGGAAAUGGCGUUUUUGGGUGAUGCAAUCCAAGAUCUAAAAAUAAACCAGCAGGAGGAAUCUGGAUUUGAAGUGAUAACUCGAAUUGAUGUUGGAACACGCCCAGAAGUUCAUCGAAGGGAUCCUAUGUCAACAGCUGAAUGGGAAGCCAAUAUAGACCAUGAAGGAAGAAUUUGUAAUGUGGAUCGCAUUAAGAACAUGAUUUUUAAAGGGGGUCUUUGUCAUGCCUUAAGGAAAGAGGUUUGGAAAUUUCUUCUGGGCUACUUUCCAUGGGAUAGUACACGAGAGGAACGAGCUCAUUUGCAAAAAAGAAAAACAGAUGAAUAUUUUCGAAUGAAACUUCAGUGGAAGUCGGUCAGUGAAGAACAAGAAAAUCGAAAUUCCAAACUCAGAGAUUAUAGAAGCUUAAUAGAGAAAGAUGUCAACCGCACGGAUCGAACAAACAAGUUUUACGAGGGCCCAGAUAAUCCAGGAUUAAAUUUACUUCAUGACAUUUUAAUGACAUAUUGUAUGUAUGAUUUUGAUCUCGGAUAUGUGCAAGGAAUGAGUGACUUGCUUUCUCCUGUUCUGUAUGUUAUGGAAAAUGAAGUAGAUGCCUUUUGGUGCUUUGUAUCAUACAUGGAUCAAAUGCAUCAGAAUUUUGAGGAGCAGAUGCAGGGAAUGAAGACGCAGCUAGUUCAUCUGAGUACAUUGCUGCGGUUACUGGACAGUGGUUUCUGCAGUUACCUUGAAUCUCAGGACUCUGGAUACUUAUAUUUCUGUUUCCGGUGGCUUCUUAUCAGAUUUAAAAGGGAAUUUAAUUUUCAAGAUACUCUACGAUUGUGGGAGGUAAUAUGGACAGAUCUUCCUUGUCAGAAUUUUCAUCUGCUUAUUUGCUGUGCUAUCCUGGAAUCAGAAAAACAAGUAAUUAUGGAGCAACAUUUUGGAUUUAAUGAAAUUCUUAAGCACAUCAAUGAACUUUCCAUGAAGCUGGAUGUUAACGAUGUUCUAAGCAAAGCUGAAGCUAUUUCUUUGCAGAUGAUGAAGUGCAAGGAUUUACCACUGAAUGUUUGUGAUGUUAUUGGCAUAAAGAACAAUGGUGUUGCAGGACCAAAUGAAGCAACAAGUGAAGAAAAUCUUGCCAAAAAACAUAAAAAAUCAUCACCUCAAUAUGUCCCAGUGCCUGUUAUUGCUGCCAAUGGAACAAAAAGUGCUGCAACCCUACAAACUUUGCCAAACAGUGUUCACACACCAACUUCUGCCUGAUAACACAAAUUCCUGUGAACCAAGGGGGACUCACUGAAGAAAACUCACGUAAGACGAUUUUGGAGAAUUUCAAACAUUUUUAUCUACAGCAGCAACUUUUCAUUAGAGCUUUUCAAAAGGAAAGAUAUGAACAAAUUAUUUUUCUAGUGGACACAAACCACCUCUAUUCUGUUUCUGUCAUUCCUUAAGCCUGUCACUGAGAAAGCAAGUUUACAUUGUAAACUGGAAAAUAUUUAUUUUUAGUGGCUUACAUGACAGCAAUGAAAAUAAAGCAACUUGAAGAUCAUGUGUUUUAUAUUCCUAAAAAAAGUACAACAAACAGAAGUUUUGUUUAUAACUGCGAAUUGUGUUUCCUUACUUUGUAGUAAUAACAGAUUACUGAAAAUUGUGUGCAUUUAAGGAGGACUCAACUACGUUGUUUUUUGUAAUCACAUUUUGCAGUGUUCAACAGCGUCUAAUAUAAUAUUCCAUAGGAAAGUAUCUGAGGAUUCCAGAUAUAAUGUAUACAAAUAAUACACGAGCAAUUAAAAUGCAUAAAUCUUUCUAUACAAGAAUAGUUCAGAAAAGACCGGGACUCUAGUACUUUCCUAAUUCUACUUAAGGUUUAAUAAGGAAUCUGAUUACUGAGUUUAACUUUCCCUUGCCAUUCCCAAGUACAUUUAUCCUUAUAAAUGCUUUCAUUUAAUGUUAAAGAGAUAACGUUGAUAUAUUUUGAGCUAAAUGUUAAUUUAAACAUUUAUUGUAACCAAACUGCAUAUGAAUAUUACUCCUUUCAGUUAAUACUCAGCAUUGCAAUAUUUUCCUAUGUUAGUAAAAAAAAAAAACCUAAAGGAAAUAAUUUUUAUUAAGCAAAGCAUUAUUUUCAUUAAAUUAUGCUCCCAAAGCUGCACAUAUUGCUGCAGAAUGGUGUGAGGACAAUAUGAAAACAGAUUGUUACUUUGGUGUUGGAAUUGGUUUAUAUUCACACUGGUGAUUCAAUCAGAUGUAUUUAACAGUCUCAAUAAAUCGUGCAUUUUCAGCUUGAGAUGCAUUUAGUGUCCCGCAUGAUUUUUGGUUAUGUGUUUUGAAAAUAAAUUGCUAAAUGUAUUAAAUGUACAGUAAAUACUGUAAAUAAAUAAAUCUGUAAUGAUUUGUACAGAUAUUU